AUGAAAAGAAAGUUUUAUGAGAUUAGUAAUACUGGCUAAGACCAGCUUUUCGGUCAAGAAACUAAGAGAAGAAAGAUUGAGUCUUAGCGAGUUGGUGAUUUUAUAGUGGAUGCUAAGAAUUCUGUUAAUUUUAGAUUGAGUUCAGACAUUAAUCAGUUAGAGGAUUAGAGUAUCACAUCUUAAUUUUUCAGUCCUAAAUUUCUGCACACUAUCUUUGGAGAGAAAGAAAGAAUAAGUGGAUAUGAAGGUUUGUCCGUAGAUAUUACUUUUUCUAAAAAGAGGCUGCUGCCAUUCCUUUAAAUCUCUUAUGAAAAUAAAGCGCCAGCUUUUGCAAAUGUUGAUAAUAUUGAAGAACUCUUUCAAAAACAGUUUGGAAGAAUUUAUGAUAAACCUGAGUAGUUCAUUGAAAGAUUGAACGAAGAGGACAAUAUUCCACCAUGGGGAGAAAGAAUUUCAGAUUUCACAGGAGAAAAAGAAGUUAAUAAAUGCUUUAUUAAUAAAAUUGGGCUGGAAAAUGAAUUGUUUCAUGAGUAAAACUUUUACCUCCAAUCAAUCCUACCAUUCUUUAUUGAUGGAGCUUCAGUUAUUGAGCCAAGUCCAUUCUGGAAAUACUUCUUGGUAUAUGAGCAUGGAAGCCAUAAUUUACUAGCUUACGCAACUGUAUUUGAGGCUCAUCAUAAUGCCGAAAAAUUUAGAGCUAAAAUAUCUUAGGUAUUUGUGUUACCUCCUUAUCAGAGAUAAGGUCUAGGCUAGAAAUUAUAUUAAACAAUGUAUGAUCAUUAUGUUAAAGAUCAACCAAAAUGCUUUGAAGUAAUAGUGGAAGAUUCAUCAGAUGAAUUCUAAAGAUUGUAGGAUCAAAUUAACUCUGAGUCCUACUUAAAAUUGAAUAAGUAACUAGUAUCUACACUAUCAGGCUUGCCUAUCAGUAAUGUGAUAAAUAAUGCUGAUUAACUGAAGAUAUUUACUUUGACCAAGUAACAAGUUGAGUAAUUUGCAAGGGAUUUAAAGGUUCCAUAGGCAACUGUUUUAAGACUUCAUGAUCUUGCUGUAUACUCGUUUUUAGGCAAUAAUACUAAUGUAUUGACAGCUUAUAGAAUCAAUAUAAAAAAGAGAUAUUAUGUGAGAUGUGCAAAGAGUUAUAUGGAACUUUUCAAGAAUGUAGGAAACUAAUUAUUCGACUCUAAAGGUGGUUUGAAUGAGCCAUAUGUAUAUAAUGAAUAGCUUGAAGAAGAUCCAUUCUGCAGAAAUGAAGACGAGGAAGAAAGAAAAGAUCAAAAGGCAAUUGAAGGCGAGAGAGUUCUGACUCAAGAAGCUGUUAAAAUUGAACUUAAAAAUAUUUACAACACCUUGAUUGAAGGUUAUGAUUAGCUUAAGAGCAAGGUUAAUGCAUUAGUAACUCAAAAUUUGCUUCACUAAAAGUUAGCAUGA